UGGUUUUCAGUCUUUGUUCGAACCACCACACGCGUAGUUGAAUUUAGUGACGUUUAUAUUUUUUUUUAAAGGAAAAAUCAUGGAAAAUAUUAAGAAAAAUUUAAAAUCUGACGGUUACGCUGUCAUAGAAAAUUUCCUAACCUCAAACGAAAUUACCGACCUUAAAAACGAAGCCGCAAACCUAAUAAAAUCGAUGCCGGACCAAUCAAAUCGCACCAUUUUCAACACGAAAACGUCCGAGAAACGUCAAAACAAAGACGUAAACUUCCUAAAAAGCGCCCAAACCGUCAGCUAUUUCUACGAAGAGGGCGCCCUAGACGCCCAAGGCCACCUAGCGGUGGAUCCCGCAAUUUCUCUCAACAAAAUCGGGCACGCUUUGCACGAUUUGAAUCCGGUUUUCCGAAAAGUGACGUUCGGGGAAAAGAUGAAAGAAAUCGCCUUUCAAUUGGGGUUUGAGGAUCCGGCAGUUGUACAAAGCAUGUACAUUUUUAAGAAUCCUGGACUCGGCGGUGAAGUGGUACCACAUCAGGACGGCUGGUUUUUGCACACGGAACCAAUGAAAGUCGUCGGUUUCUGGUUCGCCCUAGAGGACGCCACUGUGGAAAACGGGUGCUUGUGGUUCUCGAAAGGUUCCCACAAAAGCGGAAUCCAUCGUCGCUUCAUCAGAAAUCCUCAAAAAGACUCAGAAGAACUUCUCAUUUACAAUGCCCCUGCGCCGACUUAUCAGAAAAGUAGUUUUUGCGCAGUACCAGUACCAAAAGGCAGUCUGGUGCUUAUUGACGGCCAAGUGGUGCACUUCAGCGAACCCAACAAAUCCGACCAAUCACGACACGCCUACACUUUCCACGUGGUCGAACGGAAAAACACGAAAUAUUCCGAAGAAAAUUGGCUCCAGCCAACCGAAAAACCGUUUUUAAGCUUGUACAAAGACAAUUGAGAAUUGUACUAAGUUUUAGUACAAUUAUGAAUUAAUUUAAAAAAAACCAUUAUUUGAGUUAUAAAACAGUUUUCUACUUUAUUAAAUACAUUGUACUAGACUUAGUACAUUUUCAAAUGUACUAAAUUUAGUACAAUUGACUCACAACGGCUAAUUAUUUUAUUCUACAAAAUACAAAUUUUCAAAAUGUCAAACCGCAAAAUUUGUCUUCGACCAAUCGGAACGUUUCAUAGUCCAGGCGUCUCCAAAAAAAAUUCAAAUGUCAGUCUUGGAGGGUCGUUUUGGGCCUGCAAGAAAACAACGUGUGAAAAAAUAAAACUUUUUUUUUUUUUAUUUAUUUAUUUAUUUUUUUUUUUUUUUUUUAAUAAUCACAUUAUAGUAGUUUUUUUAAUACUAUUUUUUUUGAUAAUAUAAAGGUUGAUACACAUUUUGGCGCCUUUUUCAGAAAUGUACUAGAUUUAGUACAAUUGUCGAAAAUGUCAAAAAUAAUUAAAAAAUGUACUAAAAAUGAAAUGUACUAGAAUUCGAAAGUAAAAAUUAAUUGUACUAAAUUUAGUACAAUUAUUGUUUAUUAACCUAGGAGUGCGUACGAUGCCUUGGAACAAAAAUAAAUUGUACUAAAAAUGAAAUGUACUAGAUUUUUGGAAAUAAAAAUAAGUUUAGUACAAUUUCUGAAAAUUUUGUUCUAUUUUUAGAAAUAAAGAUAAAUUGUACUAAAAAUAUAUUAAGUACAAUUUUUCGAAGUAAAAAUUAAUUGUACUAAAUUUAGUAUAAUUAUUGAUGAAUAUUUCCCAUUAUCCUAAGAGUGCGUACGAUUCUCCGUAUCAAAAAUAAAUUGUACUAAAAAUGAAAUGUACUAAAUAUUUCUAUUAUCCUAGGAGUUUGUGUGUACGUUUUUUGUACUAAAAUGAAAAAAAUGUACUAAAAAUGAAAUUUUCGGAAAUAAAAAUUGAUUUAAUAAAACAAUUUUUGAAAAAAAAAAAAAAAAAUUGUACUAAAAAACAAAUUGUACUCAAUAAACGCUUGAAAUGUACUAAAAGUUCAUUAUUUUUUUCAUAUGCGUAUGGAAAUGUACUAGAAAAUCACAUCCAAGAAAAUUUACUAAGAAUAAGUAAAAUUUGUAAAAAACGGUUAUUAUGAUUUUUCAAGUUGAAUUGUACUAAAAAUGUAAAUGUACUAAAUCUAGUACAAUUCGGGAAUUGAUUGAUUUUGCCCCAAAAUUCAGUACAAUGAUUUUUUGACAAAUUGUACUAGGAAACAUAUUUGUACUAAAUUUAGUACAAUUAGUUUUUUGGCCUGAAGAAGGCGCCGUUUUGAUGAAACGUUGGUUGUUUUCUUGCUGGGUAACUGAAUAAAGCUUAAUUUACAAGUUCAGACUUACGUGCUAUGUGGUUAAAUAUUUUUUUUUCUGUAAAAAAAAGGCACUUUUCAACGGAAUGCUUAAAAUUAAAAAAAAAAAAAUUGGGCCGGUACGGCCCUGUAUAGAGAGGGUUUAUAUUUAAUUAAUUAAUAUUUACACUUUUCCCAAUGGACUUUUCAGUCUUUUUUGCACCUCAAUUGGAUAAUGUUUACGUUAACACGAUUUUUAAUAUUGUACUAGAUUUAGUACAAUUUCCAAAAAAUUGUAGAAGAGGGAUUUUUCAAUAAUUCAUUUCAUAAAAAAAAAGUUGAAAAUGUACUAGAAAUUCACGCCUAGGAAAUGUACUAAAUUUAGUACAAUAAUUGAAAAGGUGUAGGAAUGUCACGGAAUGUGUUUAUAACAGCUUAAAACUUUAUUUAUCGGAUUGUACUAAAAAAAAAAAAUUGUACUAAAUCUAGUACAAUUCCGAAAAACCUUGUUUUCGCUGUCUAGAUCGAACUAACGUGUAUUUAAUUGUUACUUUUCAAAUAAAAGUAGGCGCAAAGACCGCCGCCAAACAAAAUGGCGCCGCCAACGACAAAAGGAACAUAUAGAGACCUCUUGAGCUGUUGCCAGUUUUCGUUCGCCUGUUGCCGCCUCUUCAUGUCGCGCACGCGCUUCUCCAUGUUGUUUUUCCUUUCGACCCGACGUCGGUGACGUAGUUCGGC